AUGGCGGGCUGUCUGCCGCCCGCGUGGAAGGAAGCCGACAUUCAGCCGAUUCCAAAGCCGAGGGAGCCCACCAAGAUCAGACCCAUCUCUCUCCUCAGCUGCACGGCCAAAACGGCUGAGAGGAUGGUGCUCGCGCGGCUGCAGUGGCACGUGGGGCCCUCUCACCCACAUGUGUUCGGCUACACCCGCGGAGUGAGCACGGCAGACAGCAUCCUCGCCCUGCUGACCCAAAUUGACCACCGCCUCGCCGUCAUCGUCUUCAUCGACCUCGAGAAGGCGUUCGAGCUAGCCAGCCCUCACGCCAUCCUCGACGCACUCGUGCGGAAAGGGGUGCGAGGAAGGCUGCUGGCCUGGCUCCGCGACUACCUGCAGCGCCGCCGCGCCAGGGUUAGGUUCCAGGGCCUGAGGUCGACCUUCAAGGUACUUGAGAACGGGACGCCCCAGGGCGGCAUCCUCAGCCCUCUACUGUUCAACCUGCUGAUGGAACAGCUAGUGGCACUGCCUUUCCACGCUGGCACCGUCCUGCUGAGCUACGCCGAUGACCUCGCCCUCGUCGUCACCGGAAGGGGCAACAAGCUCAGGAGGACGCAGCAGGCACUCGACCUCAUCAGCGGGAAAUGCCAGGACCUGGGGCUCAAGAUCUCGGCAGAGAAGUCCCGGGCCAUGAUGGUGAAGGCGGCAGACCCAACCUGGCAGCUCCGCGUCCAGGGAGUUGAGCUGGCAUGGACCAACUCCUACCAGUACCUCGGUGUGUGGGUGGACAAGCGGCUGUCCUUCACAGCCCACGCCGCCUACCUGAGGGAGAGGACGCAGUCUAGGCUGAACGUGAUGCGGGCCAUGACGCGAAUCAGCGCGGGCGCCACUUUUUCCGUCCUGCGCCAGUACUACGUGCACGCUGUUCGCUCGCUGGUGGAUUACAGCGCCCCCGUCCUCAUAGCACUCUCUCCAAACCAGCAGGAGCGGAUCGAGGUGCUACAAAACACCGCAAUGAGGACCAUGCUGGGGGCACCGAGGUGGUCCAGCGCAUGCGUCAUGCAGAGCGAGACCAGACUGGUACCCCUCACCACCAGGGUACAGCAGAUCACGGCCUGCCGCGUAGCGAGGGUGCUGCAGCGUGACGCGGAGGGAGUGACACAGAGGAGACUAAGGCUGGCGGGGACGCAGGGUGCCGAAUCUCUCCGCCGCAACCCGUGGCUGCUGCAGUGCACGCUGGCUACCCACAACCUGGCUCGCAUGGAGAACUGGCCACAGGCGGACCUCCCUGCCCCCACCUUCCGCGCCCCAGCCCCGUGGGAGCCACCCGCGGCAGAGUUCUCCGCCACACAGCUGCCCGCCAGCAAGGCGCUCUGCGCCGUGGAGGAGAUGCGGCAGCACGCCUUCAUGGCCAUGGCGCAGGUCACCGAGCCAGACAGUGUUGUGUACUACACCGACGGCUCGGCUGACCCUGACAGCGGAAGGACGGGCGCUGCUGCCAUCACCAGAGGGGCCGAGGUGUGUGAGAGGACUCCCGACCACUGCUCCACCCUGCAGACAGAACUGGUGGCCAUCCUGCUGGCCCUGGAGCACGCUCAACACCGGCGGGAGCGCACCGUGGUGCUCCACACCGACUCCAGAACGGGGCUACAGGCUCUACAACAGCCGUAUCCCAGCGACAACGUGGGCCUCGUCACCGCCAUCCUGGGUAGCCUCCAGAGCCUCGCCGCGCAGGGGCGGCGGGUGAGGCUCAACUGGAUACCCAGCCACGUGGGAGUACGAGGCAACGAGGCUGCUGACGCAGCCGCCAAGAGAGCUGCUAGUGGCCCCCAGGUGACAAGGCAUGUGCCGCCCAGCCUGAGCCAAGUGAGGGCGCGAGCCAGGCUCGCCGCAACCAAGCGCGCCCGCCACACGCACCGGCAGCUGGAAACAAGGAAGAGACAGGCAGCUUGGUACGCCUCCGCCACUGGCUACCAGUCGUUGGACGCCUCCCAGCAGCAGCCCAGAGCAGACGGCGUGUUGCUGCAACGCGUAAGGCUGGGCUACUGCACCAGGGAACAGCUGUACGACGACUUUCGGGGGCAGGAGUGCGACCACUGCGGGAGGCACAGCCGCCACCCGCUAGUGCACUACCUACUGUCCUGUCCGGCCACCGCCGCCCUCAGACCAACGCCGCCACCACCGGCCCAUCCUGUAGGCGGUGAUCUCCUCAGCAGCCGCGAGGCCAGGGCUGCCCUCAUCGUCCGCCACACGCCCACAGACCUGAUGCUGCGAGUUCUCAGGGCAGCGCCCCCGCCCCGCUGA